AUACGGUCGUUAUAUAGUGGCUGCUCACUAACGCUAGUGAAAGUAAAAGUGAAAACAAAGUGCAGACGUGGUUAGUUAGUAUGUUAGUAGCUACUAGUCUUGCGUCGUCUUAAAAGCCAGUCAUAGAAUUAGACUACAGAGUUGGAGAGUGACAUGUGCAGCCCAAUGCCUGAGCCUAUUUGUUUGGUGGAAAAUGUAAAGGGUUCACUGCGUGUGAGUGACAGAGCCAUUGAAUACCUGCUCAGGAAUAAUCAGCCAGUGGUAGUAGUGUCUGUGGUGGGGCUCUAUCGCACAGGGAAGUCUUACCUCAUGAAUCGCCUGGCAGGAAAACAAACUGGCUUUGCUCUGGGUAGCACCAUUGAGUCGAAAACUAAAGGUAUUUGGAUGUGGUGUGUGCCACAUCCCAACAAAACUGGACAUACUCUGGUGCUGCUUGAUACUGAAGGACUGGGGGAUGUUGACAAGGGAGACUCUACAAAUGAUGCUUGGAUCUUCUGCCUGGCUGUUCUUCUCAGUAGCACUCUGGUCUACAACAGCCAUGGAACUAUCGACAACACAGCAGUAGAAAAAUUACACUAUGUCACUGAGAUUGCAGAGCAGAUUAAAAUCAAAUCACCUACAUCCACAGCAACUGAGGCUGAGGAGGAGGAGGAGGAGGAGGAAGAAUCUCAGUUUGUGAAAUUUUUUCCUAAGUUUAUUUGGACAGUGCGUGAUUUUUCACUGGAGCUGGUGAUUGAAAAAAAAGGUUCUGUCACCCCGGAUGAGUACCUGGAUUUUGCCCUGCAGCUGAAGAAAGGUUUUAGUAAGAAGGACACUAACUACAACCUUCCAAGGCAGUGUAUUCGAAACUAUUUUCCAACUCGUAAGUGUUUUGUUUUCCCAUUUCCUGCCUCCCAGGACAAAAUGGUUCAGCUAGAGAACCUGGAUGAAAGGGAAAUAUUUCCGAAAUUUCUGCAUGUUACACAGGAAUUCUGUGACUAUGUCUUUGCUACAAGCAAAGUUAAAACAGUUAAAGGAGGAUACAAAAUCACAGGCAGAAGGUUCGGUCACCUAGUGCAGACAUAUGUGGAGACGAUCUCUAGUGGGAAAGUCCCUUGUCUGGAGAAUGCUGUUUUUGCCAUGGCAAGGAUUGAAAACGAGGCAGCUGUGCAAGAGGGGCUGAAGCUGUACCAGAGUGAGAUGGAACAGGUAAAGAAGAGAUUUCCUGUCAGUUUGAGUGAAAUUUCUGCUGAACAUAAGAGAAUCAGCAGUAUGGCCACCACUGAGUUUUUGAAGCGUUCCUUUAAAGAUGAAGAAGGGGAAUACUUUAAGAAACACAUGGAGUUGGUAGAUAAGCACUAUGCAGAACUAAGUGUUCAGAACUUGGAAGCAUCAGAACAGAAGUGCCAGCAGAUUCUGUACGAUCUAUACAGCGAGGUGAGGGAGCGUUUGCAGAAUAGAGACUUUGCAAAGCCUGGAGGAUAUAAACUCUACUGCACAUACAGAGACAACAUUAUCAUCCAGUACCACAGCCAGCCAAACAAGGGAAUCCUGGCUGAGGAUGUGUUGCAGAAGUUUCUAAAAGAGAAAAGUUUUGAGGCAAAUUUAAUUCUUCAGACUGAUGAACAACUGACCGAAGCUCAGAAAAAGAUUCAAGAGGAAAGAGAACAAGCAGCUCUGUUACAGCAGCAGUAUAAAGUAGAACAAGAGCAAAAGAUGGAGACAGAGCGACUGAUGCAGGAGGAAAAAGAGAGCCAUCAACAACGACUACAGCAGCUGGAGAAGAAGUUUGAGGAGGAGAAGCAGGAGCAACAGCAGGAGCUAGACCAAGCACUAGAAUGCAAACUGACCGAGCAUAAAGAACUCAUUCAGAAAGGAUUUGAUGAGAAAGCCCAGAUAAUGACCCUGGAGAUUGAGCACCUUAAAGAAGAAAAAGAUAAACUGUCUCAGAGUUUUUAUAAGGAUUAUGUUGUGCCUGGUAUGGGUGUUGCUAAAGAAUUGUUCUUCAUGUAUAUCAAGUAUAAAGCAAUGAAGCAAGGAUUACCCAUGAUAUAAGAAAAUCAGGACUGUUAUCAGUUAGAACACUAACUAAAAUUAGGCAAUUACCUAUUGUAAUAUAUUGGGAAAUAAUGUUUUACAGCAUGGUUACUAAUAUAUACCUAUAAAUAAUGAAUAUAUUUUAAGUGUACUGAUAUAUACUCAGGGUUCAAGGGAGAUUUAUUGUCAUUCCAUAACACGUGGUACAUGAAAGGGAACAAAACUAAAAAAAAAACUAGAAAAAAUGUCUAAAUAUAUAUAAAAUAUAAACUAACUAUAGAAAAUAAAACUUAGAGACACUGAUACACUGAAGAGCUAAACAAAAUAAAAGUCCCUGCGUUAUUACACAUGAGAGUGUGUAGUGUAACAUUUAUUGCACAUGUGAAGGUAUGGUGUAAGGGGAUAUUGUAGUAUAUAUGUACAGUAUAUGCUAAAAAAAAAAAAAAGCAAGUGUAAGUGACCAUGUGAAAUGUGGUAAAGGGUUCUUUUUACAAAUAUUAAGAACUUUGUUAGAACAAUGAUAUACAUUCACAGAGCACCUGUACACCGACACAUUCAUGCCAGUUAAAUAAUUUAAAGCAUUCACUGAAGAGUAAACCCUUAGUGCUGGUCCCAAGCCUAGAUAAAAUUGUAAUGUCCCAAGAGGAAGGACUUGGAAAAUAUGUGGACUAGAUGAUCUGCUGUGGUGACAACAAACAGAGAAGUGCAACUCAGACACACAUUUGUUUAUAUAUUUAUAUAUUUCUUAUUGUGUAUUAAAUUGUUGAUUAUUUUUUAAACAAUAAA